UUCUGUUUGGCCAUUUUUUCUUUUCAUUUUCAAAGUCCUUUAAUUUCGUUGAUGGGUGAAGUCUCGUUUUAGCUUAAACUUUACUCUUCUCUCACAAUUCUCCUCACUCCACUCUCUCUUCCUAAAAUGGCACCCAACAACUACUCCUACUUGCUUUCAACAAUACCAGUCAACCCUUUACAAUGCACCUUCUUCUCUCUCCUCUUCUAGGGUUUCCCUCUUCUCUCUCCCCCCCUUCCAAAACCCUUCAUCAUAAACCCUAAUUUUUAUUCAAAUUCCCAAUUUUCAGACAAUGUGUGUUACUAAUUGCUCUUAAUUCUGGAUCAAAACCAAGCUCACAGUGUUUGACUUUAGUUUUAGGGAUUUUUGCUAAGGAUUUCGUCAAUGUCGGGGGGUCCCAGGGUCAGAUCGGCUAAUUUACCAGACGCUGAGCAAAGGCCAGUGCUAGCACCUGCCGGAAACAAAGCCAGGGACAUCGUUGAAGCUCGAAAACCGACUGUGAAACCUCAGAGGAAGUCGGACAGCUCGCCGGAGACAGAAUCCAAGAGUAAAGAGAAAAAACUAGCUCAAAUAUCGGCUACAUUCUCACCGCCGAUGAGAAAUCUGAGUGCUCCGUCGAUCUUAAGACACGGGAGUCAGCUGUUGCGGGGGAAUUCAUCACUGAAUGCUUCGUGCUCAUCAGAUGCCUCGUCGGAUUCUUCUCAUAGCCGAGCCUCGACAGGGAGGAUGAGCCGGAGUAGUGUGCCGAAGAUGAGGAGAAAACUUGGAGGUGCUAGCAAGAUGGGUAUGGUUAAUACUAAGGUAGAGAAGGUGGUUGUUGUGGAUGAUGGGUCUGUGGGUGAGCUUGAUGCCUUCCAUUUUAAGAAACGCUGUGCUUGGGUUACUCCUACUGCUGAAGAUCCAUCUUAUGCUACUUUUCAUGAUGAAGAAUGGGGAGUUCCAGUUCAUGACGACAACAAGCUUUUUGAACUGCUCAGUCUCUCUGUCGCUUUAGCUGAGUUAGCGUGGCCUACUAUAAUGAUUAAGAGAAAUACUUUUAGGGAAGUGUUCUUGCAAUUUGAUCCAAUUUCCGUCUCUAAAUUAAAUGAGAAGAAGUUUAGUGGACCAGGAAGUCCUGGCAGCACCCUGCUAUCGGAGAUAAAACUACGCAACAUUGUUGAAAAUGCGCGUCAAGUGUGUAAGAUAACUGAGGAGUUUGGGUCAUUUGACAAGUAUAUAUGGAGCUUUAUGAAUCAGAAACCAAUAGUAAACAGGUUCCGAUAUCCUCGGCAGGUACCAGUGAAGACAUCAAAAGCAGAGGUAAUAAGUAAGGACCUGGUGAAAAGAGGAUUCAGAGGAGUGGGGCCUACAGCAAUAUACUCAUUUAUGCAAGCAGCUGGUUUAACAAAUGAUCAUCUGGUAAGUUGCUUUAGAUUCCAGGAUUGUGUAGAAGCGGGAGAGGAAAUAGAAAAAGAUGACAAGGUUCACUGCGAGGAGGAUAAGCUGCCGGCAGACAUGGAUAAGACGGAGGUUGCUAGAGCUUUGGGUGAGAUGAGUGUUGUUGAUAAGAUAGUAUGUUUAUCAGGAUAAAAAGCUGCAAAUUAGUUGUAUAAAUCAUAAAUGAAUGUGAAUUAUUCGGUAAGGUACCCUACAAUCCAGUGCCACAACGUCAAAGGGAAAGACAAGAGAAGAUGAUGAAGAAGUCGCCGGUGGAGCGUAGGGUUUAGGUUAUUUCCGGUGGAAUUUUUGGGGGGUUUUUUGUACAGUUAUUUAUGUGUUAGUUAUCCUUGCAUUUUUUUUCUUCUUCUAUAUAUAUUAUUCUGUCCGAUUCUGUCUAAUGAUGCAUUAAUCCAUGGUUAUGAUGCAUAAAAUAGUUCACCA